AUGGAGCCUGAUGGGCUGGAACCCGGCACGAUACCGGUGCUAGAGGAGCUGCUUGCCGGAAGUGAUAUUCCCGAAUUGGUGCUGGAAGGGUUCGGACUAGCGAUUGAGCUUAUAGUCGAGGAAGUGGCUGUAGAGUUGGCAGCUAUAGUACUGAGAUUGGAAGUGCUGCUCGGCGAAGUUGUCAUCCCAGAUGUACUGUUCGACACGGUUGCACUAGUCAUGGAGGCCGUGCUUGAUAGACUAAUCGUAGUUGACCCGGCCGUAGAGACAUUGAGGCUGGAGCUGCUGGACGAGCUGAUCUGGCUUGAAAGGAUGGGGUGGUUGAGCUUGUGGUCGACCCAGGGAUUGAACCAGCGCCGGAGCUGGAAGUAG